UUGUAUUACACGUAGCGUCUAUGGCCGGCAGCCGCCCAUUUUGUUGACGUGCAAUUCAUUCAUUCAUUCGAUCGCGUUGAGAAACCAUUGUUUGCGUGUGUUAACAUCUGGGAUCUAGGAAUGCAGCUAUUUUUCGGCCUAGAAAUACACUUUACCCACACCAGAACCAUUACCUUUUGCAUGAGUGGGAUGUUCCUGAGAUAUGUAUGAACAAUGAAUUCAAGAAAAUUGAUGGGUGAUUACGAUGACACAGACAGUGCUAGCGAUGGAGACGAUUACACGGAUCAGGACAUGAGUGAUUCGUCUCAUGGAUCAUCAUUCUAUUCCAGGAAAGAGAUCAGCCGAGCAAGAUGGACAAAGGAUGAGGACGACAUGCUGAGGCAAGCCAUUGAAGUCCAUGGCACGCUAGACUGGAAACUUAUCGGAAGCUUCUUCCCAAACCGAUCUGAGCUCCAAUGUUUCCAUCGCUGGCAGAAGGUCCUGAACCCUGACCUGGUCAAAGGUCCCUGGACUACAGAGGAGGAUGAGAGAGUAGUUGAGUUGGUUCGUGAGCACGGCCCUAAGCGUUGGUCUCUCAUCAGCAAGUUUCUCGUGGGGCGUACAGGCAAGCAGUGCAGGGAGAGAUGGCAUAAUCAUCUGAAUCCUGAUAUUAAGAAGUCUGCUUGGACUAAAGAGGAGGAUUACAUCAUCUAUGAAGCUCAUAAGAAACUUGGUAACAGAUGGGCUGAGAUAGCAAAGCUUCUUCCAGGAAGGACGGACAAUGCUAUCAAGAAUCACUGGAACUCCACGAUGAAGAGGAAAGUAGAGACAUGUAACCCCUACACCCCCAGCAAGACAACCAAGACACCUCACUAUACACACACUAAUGAUAACCAGAAACCAUGUAGCAGUAGCUCCAAGAUAUACACACCAGAUAGUGACUUCAUGAAUGCUAAUUCCAUUAGAGAUGCUCUGAGGAUGCGAGGUCAGGGUCAGCGUGUGGUGCGUACCCUCUACCCGAUGGGUCACGACACCCUAGGUCAAGAUGAAGGGGAAGGUUCAAAGGUCAAACAAGGAGUCAAGACUCCUCAGAAAUGGCUGAUCAUGGACAAUUGUGGUGAAAUCUCACCUUUCAGAGAUUUCCAUGAUCUGAUUGAGACCAGCGGUCAUCCCUUUGAUGACAAGGACAAUGGAAUAUCAACCUUUGACCUUUCACUGGGGGUCAAUUCCAGUACUCCCAUUAAGUUCACCCAUAUGAACACCAAAGGAUCUAUCGACUAUCGUUUUGAUGGCCAGGCGCUUCUAGACCUGUCACGUGAGGCAUCAGGUGGUCUUAUACCCAUCACGUCACCCGUCACAUCCAAGUUCAGCACCCCUCCUACCAUCCUUAGGAAGGCCAAACGCAAGCGAGUUAGAACAAGCUCCGCCUCCUUUGAUGUUUCCAUGGAUACAUCAUUAAGCUCCACCCUGAACACGCCUAACACAUCCCGGUACAAGACGCCUCAGGGUACGCCCAUUAAGACCCUCCCCUUCUCACCCUCACAGUUUCUGAAUGGAAGCACCUCGGCAACAUGCUCCUCCUCUUUACUGCUCACCUCCACUCCGAUUGGUGGAAACCAUUCACAAGCCACUCCCUCAAUGCUCACAACACCAGCUGGCAUGUUCCGCACCCCUCGGAUCCGACGCUCGUUGAUUGACACACCCAGGACACCUACACCCUUCAAGGAUGCCCUGGCAGCCAUAGAGAAGGCAGGAGGACCAAUCAGGAAAAUGCCGCACACCCCGAACCAGCUUUCUGAUAUCUCAGAGAUCAUUGCUCGAGACGAGAGAGAGGGGCUCAACAAGAUUGCGAUUAACCAAUUAAAACGUGCCAUCUUGCAGAAGGCCGAAUCAAUAUCACCUGUGAAGAAAGUAAGGAAGUCGCUGUCCAGCUGCAUGCAGAGGGAAAAGGAAAAUUUGACUGGAGACGAGACUAGACAAGAAGAGGCUGAUGAGAGCAUCCUUGCAUCAAGUCUGCUGAUGUCGCCCCCUGUAGGCAGUAAAGGUCAAGGGUCAAUCCUCGGUGGUGAAAUGAGUAUGAAAGCUCUUAACGAAGCUUUCAACAUGCCUUCGACCCCGUCCCCUGUCGCCCCCGCAAGGCCAAAGGUCAAAGUUGAGCCAGCCAAUGGACCUGUAUUUCAACAAACCAAGGGAUCUCGAGACAAGGAAUGGUGGCAGAUCACCCUGGGACAGACGAGAGACCAGCAGUUCAUGAGCGGUCAAGCGCGACGGAUGAUUCUACGAGAUCGUGUUCCGAGGUCGCUCGUCCUCUAAGGUCAAAGGUCAUAUAGUAUAUCUGUUUCUUGUCAUGUCUGUCAACAUUAAAGCUAGGAAUGUAGUUUGAACCCGUAGUAGAUUGUUUCAUACCCAUGAGCGAGAUACCAGGGCCUGUAUUUAUUAAUUCAAAGAUUAAUGCAUGCUCAGUGAGUACUUCAUUUAACUGAUCGAAUUACGUAGAUUCUAACAUGAUAUCACUCAACUGAUAAGCCCUGUUCAGAUAGGUUUCGGUAAUCCAGCGCAUUUUUAUCCAUUAUGACGUCUGUGUCAUGAUUGUAAUAAUUUUCCGCUUAUAUAGCGCUUAAAGGUAAUACAAAGUUUUGGUAUGGGGUCAUGUAUUCGGUUCAAAUGAACAUAUUGGAAACAUAUGCGAUCCUACAAUACUCAUUGAUCGUUGUCGCGGUUGAAAUCGAGUCUAAAGUUAUGAAAUUGUAGAUAAUAAACUCUUUAUGUUGUAUAGCUCCCUCUCAAGGUCAAGAUAUUAAUUAAGCUAUAAAACAAUGUUUCUUGACCGAAAUCGACCGAUUAGCUAUUCCCGUUUGGAAAUUAUAUAUGACAACUACAUAUUCUGAGAAUUUCAUGGUCGCAGCUACCAUCGUACGGCCGUAGGCGCCAUUUGAAAUUUAUCAAAAUUUACCGGGAGCACCGGUAAAUUUUUAUAUUCAAUUUUACUCGAAAACAAAAGUGUUUCAGGGGCUAAAUUUUCUAGUGCUUAUAAUACACCCACAGGGGCAUCCAAAUAUAUAAAAAUUGUAAAGAAUCAUUGUCCACCCAAUUUUCAAAAUUUCCCAAAACUUUGUAUUACCUUUAAUACAAUGUCUCUAAGCGCUUUUACAGAUAUACUAUUACCCUGAUCAUUGGAUUUGAUGCUUGCCCGCACACACUGUGUGCACAAUCUCCACUCUCUGGGGAGCAUUCCAGCCAGGCGUUAAUUGACCAUUUAACAUCUGGGUGGAGAGUAGCAAGUGCAGGUUAAUAUCUUGCUGAAGGAUAUUAGUGCCGUGUUGGGAUUCGAAUCCUCGACCUUCGCAUCUCCAGGCAAGCGCCUUAAAUCACUCGGCCACGACGCUCCCACGACACUCCCAUAAUACGAUUCACGUUUCUGUAUCUUAUAACACAGCGGCAUGGUGUGUACUGCUUCAUAUUUGAAUGAGCCGUUGGACAUUGAGCGUUUGGCUACAGCAUGAUUGUAAAUUACAAUGUAUAUGUUUGUAUAUUUUGCUUUUAGAGAUUUAAUAUUUGAGUUCCUGAUUUACUAAGGGGUGAAAUUAGAUAUAAUAACGGUGUAUCAUAGACUUGAUGUGUGCAUUAUAACAGGAAACAAUACUAGGAAGUCAUCUAGCAUCUAUGUAACAUACAUGUACAGCAAAGGAUAUCAAUUAUUCUAGAUUGUUCUUGGAGGACUAUGUCAUCUGAGAGUGUCUACGUGCACAGUCGCAUCCUACUAUGGUCUGCAUGCCAAUUAUGUUUUCAAAUUAAUUAUAAGUGAGACUAGACAAAUAUUUGUUAUGGCGACUUGCAGGAUGUGAUGCACACCUGCUUUACAAGUAUUAGGGCAUCACAAAUAGGAUGAUUGAAAGGAGUUGAAAGGAUUUCAUUUGUCACAGGAAAACCAAAAUAUGCUCAGUUGAGAACAUUUUUCAUCAUUCUCAAACAAUCUAAUCAUUAAUAAUUAUGUACAUUAUUUCUUCUGUUUUGAGCCAAAGUAGUGCUAACUCUGAUGAAAUAUAAGAGUUAACACUUUUUAGGCUUUUAAUUUACAAUUGGGGACAGCUAGUACGGUAUUUACAAUGAUGAAGAUUUUUUUUUUUUUUACCAAAUUCUUUUCACACAUAAACAAAAGUGAUCAGUGAAUUUUCAUUAAGUAGACAAAACAAAUAGACAUACACAAAGAUGUGAACAAAGGACAAAGAAAUAAACAAAAUUAAAUGAUUGAGUAUUAAACUGUAUUUAUUCCUCUUUUUCCUUGUUCCAUUUCAUUGAUGGAUUAAACAUGAUUUUAAGCACACACAAAAUAUUAAAAUCAUUUUAAAGCUAGAAUAUAUACCCAGAAUUACUUCAUAUAUAUAAAUAUAAUGUUUAAUACUGUAAUCGUUGACAAAGGUUUCAAUUCCUUUCAUGAAAAUUGUUUACACAAAAAGCAUCUAUACGAUACCAACACUAUAAACAACAUCUUGUACUAAUAAUAUUCUCAUGAACCUAACAAAAGUUUACAAUUAUGAGGAAAUUAGUAUACAAGUAUUAGUACUCUAGAGUUGAUUUGAAGUUGAAAGUGAAACAAUUAUUAAUGACAAACAAUUUGACUGCAGUGCGUGAUGCAUUUCAACAAUAUUGUAAUAUCUUUCAAGUGGGGAUGAGAAGAUGACGUAAUUCUGUGCAGUGUUAAAUAUAAAUAAAUCUUCAAAAAACAAACGGUGGAUAGAAAGCACGAAUUGUCUAUUUUGGUGCUGAAACAAUUUCAGAUAAUAUGGUCAGUACAGCACCAGAUUCAAAUGAUCAUAGAAUGUACACACGCUUCAUGUUACGCUUGUGGUUUUGCAGUUAUUAAUGUAAACAACAGCAUAAAGAAAGUAGAAGGGGAAAAAAACAUGACCGAAGUUUGAUGCGAAUCAUACCAAAAGAAAUUGAUAAAGUAAGUUAUCAUGCUCAUCAAGCGUUUGGAACAGACAACAAAAUGUGUAUAUAAAUAGUUUAUGACGUUGUGUAUAAAGGAUACACAUGAAUAUCAACAUACACGUUAUUAGCAAGUAUAAAGAGGACAUGCAUAAGACUUGAUCCCAAAUACUUCUCAACUGUGGAAGGUUAUUUUGCCGAGUUAUUUUUCUUUUCGUCAUUAUGAUUUGAUGUGUAUACGAUGUACAUAUUGUAUUUGCAGAUUUGUUUUUAUGAGUGCUAUUCUAUUAGUUUAUACAUGUAUGUGAUUCAUUAUUAUUCAUCAUUAUAGCGGCUCUGAUCAAAUAUGCCUCUCUGUAUUUUUAGACGUUACUAAAAUGACCAUCCUCUAAUUUUCCCCAAAGCUCUGCAGUUUGAUAAUAUAAAUAUAUCCUCUUUUUAAAAUUAUGAUUGGACGUUUAAAAAAGAUGCUGUAUUGCCCUUUUGGGGGCGACGGUCGCUGUUUUGAGGGGGGG